CAGAAGACUAUCACGCUGCCGCAACACCCGCGCGGUUGCCAUGUCAUCACACGUAAAAUUUACGAAGCACUGCCGGAGCUGGCGGCGUACGAGAUCGGGCUGGCAAACAUCUUCAUUCUCCACACGAGCGCCUCUCUGACCAUCAACGAGAACGCCAGUCCCGAGGUGCCCCUGGACCUCAAUGACGCACUGAACCGCCUGGCACCCGAGGGCAAUCACUACCGCCAUGAUGAUGAGGGACCCGACGACAUGCCGGCCCAUGUGAAGAGCAGCCUAAUGGGUCCUUCGCUGACGCUGCCGGUGUCCCGAGGUCGCUUCGCGUUGGGAACCUGGCAGGGCAUAUACCUCAAUGAGCACAGGAACAUGGGUGGACCCAGAUCGCUUGUGAUUACCAUUCAGGGGCAGCUU